AUGGUGAAGGAAUGCAACUUAGGAUUGAGGGGAGCCGGCAUUGAAAGGAAGGUGCAGCUGCAGGAAUUAGAGUGCCUUCGACUAGAGGCGUAUGAGAAUUCAUGGCUCUACAAAGAAAAGGUGAAGGUGGUACAUGACAGGAAUAUCAAGAGGAGAGAGUUUAGAGUUAGGGAUUUGGUCCUCCUCUACAACUCAAGACUAAGACUCAUGCCAAAAAAGUUGAGGUUUAGGUGGGAAGGACCCUACAGGGUGGAGAAGGUUGAGCCUUAUGGAGUCUUCCAUCUGAGUCAUCCGUCAAGCCCCAUCUUCUUCAAGGUGAAUGGCCACCGCUUAAAGCUAUAUCACGGUGAGAAGCUGAAGAACAACAAGGAGCUAGAGAUCUUCCUCCUGAAGGAUCCAGCACAAAAAGAGGACUAA